UUGCGUGCACGGCUGCUAUUUCGGAUUUCCAUCAUUUGUCGAGGAGAAAUUUUACAGCCCAAUGAACAGUUAGAAAGUUCUUUUCACUUGCAGCAUUGCUUUCUCGAACACUAUUCUUCGAAGUAGCUAGGUGGAAAGUCCGGCUGCUUGCAAAGGCCCAGGUUGAUUUUGAUGCUGCCUAGAAGUGGUGGGUUCGAGACACUCCCUACCUGGGGCUGUACCCAGACUGUUACGCUGCUGCCCCGUUGCAUUGCUGGGGCAUUGUGAUAUUGACUAUUGUUGUGAGUCAGUUUGCAUUUGAAGGUGCGCUAUUCUGCUGUUCUAGUACUGUCUGGGACGACCUGGCUGUAAACAUUGUCUGCUUUGCACCCACACAUUUGACCCGUCUCAGUCCAAACCCUCCCUCAGCGUCUUGGCACUUGUUACACACACCGGUUCGCGGUGCAACCUGCAAGCUGGUGCACCGGCGGUGCUUACCAACUCACUCAGCUCCGGCGGUGUUCCUGUGGAACUUCGGUCAAGUAUAGUACUGACCGACGGUCAUUUAUUUAGUUUGUAUCGGGACGUCAUCCCGCGGGGCACGACCUGGCGAGGGUGAGGUCGUUGAAGCAGCGGUAGUGUUUCGGAGAUGGAGGCGGAUAGGAAUGCACGCUGUCCAGCCCGCAAAGGUGGUUCGUGCUAUUUUCAAUGGAGAAACAAAUUAUCGGACGUUCGCUUCCUGCUUCUUCUGGUAGCUGUGGUGAUCGAGCUGAGUAUAGAGCCGUGCAGGGCAACUGGAAUAUUCCCGGUACAGACUGCCAUCGCUACUGGUAGACCGGUGGUAUUGAAUGCUAGCUGUGCUUCUCAAGUCUUCUGCUCACACUCCUCUCCGCUAUGGCAAUCAACAGCACCAGGAACAUGCAUACAGCGACAGUGUAAUGCCAGUUGUCCACAUGGCUCGAGCAUACCAGCAGCUAUUGAGCUCUCCCUGCUACAACCAGGAUUUGAUACGUUUGCGUCGGCAUUUGUCUUUCAAGAUGUCUAUGUACUGAGUCUGGGCUAUCUUCGACUUCGGUCUCAGCACGCACCACGGCUGGAUGCAGCAAAUGGAUUUACUGUCCAAAUCAACUUAGUCAGCUUCCUGGGUGAUGCGGAGGUGUUUCUAUUUGAGAAGGUUUCCGCCGCCACCGACAUGACGUUUUUCAGGGUUCGCCUUGCCUUCAGACAGAACCGUUUGUCUGGAUCAAUCAGUGUCGAUUACAUGGUGAAUUCAACACAUAGCAUGACUGCUACUAUGACCAAUGUACAGAACCUACAAACUGUGGUCAAAGCGAGUCCGACUGAUUUCACCAUGUCAGUUCUUGGCCGACAGGUGCUGGUGUUCUUUGCAGGAACAUUGCAGGCCGCCACUAUGCUCAAUGCUGUUGUUCAGGAUGACACAGGUGAUUUCUACAUCGGCGGCCGCACCUCUCCAGGUAGCAGUUUUGUGAUGAGCCGCACAGUCAAGUUCUAUAGCAGUGCUGUGAGUGAACGGGUGGCAAUGAUCCUUUCAGGCAAAACUCCACCAACCUAUCAGCCAUCAAGCCAAUGCCAUUGUCCCGCCACACAUCCACAAGUUAGCACGUCCAACUCGUCGAUUUGCGCCAACAGCUUUUUGACAAGUGCAGGGUCUGUGCUGCGCAUCAAUGCCGAGGUGUUUGUUCCUAGCAACAUCAACGACGGAAGAUUGUCCACUGCUGCUGUGACGGCACUGGGUCAGAAUGUGGUACAGUUCACCAUUGAUCUGCAGGGCUCCUUUGAGGUCUUCUACAGCGGAAUCAGUUUCUGGAACCCAAGGGCUGGCGCUGCCGUGCUGCAACUGUCAGCUGACGGCGUAACCUACAAGGACAUGCAGUAUUUUGCAGAGAACUGCACUGCAUCAUUUGCAUCACAGCCGAUUGCUCAGAGAGCUAAUGCCUCGCAAGUCAACUGCAAGUCCAGUGGCAUCCCUGCCCAACACAUCUGGGAAUAUUAUUUGGACAGGGAAACGGGUUCGCAGCCGCUGCUUGACUCUGGCGAAUACCUAGCAAACAUCGCACCAUUCGCCACUGGCCGCUAUGCUCGCAUUCUGCUCACACAGUUUGGAGCAACACAGAGCUCAUCAUCGCGUGAUCAAUAUUAUGGUGUUACAGAAUUCGACAUUCGAGGACGUUGCUCGUGCUCAGGACAUGCCGACACGUGUGUUCAAUCACCAGCUGACAACCUCUACCGCUGCCAAUGCCAAUACAAUACCGAGGGUGACAGUUGUGAGAGGUGCCAAUCGCUGUACAAUGACAAACCCUGGAGAGCUGGUAACAGCACAUCGCCCAAUGCCUGUGCACAGUGCAACUGUCACCAGCAUGCACUGACUUGCACGUACAACGCAACACUGGACACGCAUCCGCACAGCAGAGUACUAGGAGGUGGCGGUGUCUGCGAUUGCCAGGACAACACAGCUGGGCGUAACUGUGACCAGUGUGGCCGGGGUUAUUAUCGUGAUGUAAGCAAAGCACUGACUGAUCGCAGCGUUUGCUUACCAUGCAAUUGUCAGCUAGCUGGUAUCACGGAUGAUGGUGAUUGUGCUAAGGCUGGACUAAACACAGGCCAGUGUAAUUGCAAGCCGCACGUUACUGGACUGCGAUGUGACCAAUGCUCUACGACUGCGUAUCUCAAUACGACCAGUGGAGAGUGUCACGCGUGCAACUGCAACGCACAGGGCUCUGCUAACCUCAGCUGCUCAGCCGCCGGUGUGUGCAACUGCGUGCCGGGCUUUCAAGGCGACCGCUGUGACUCGUGCACAGCAACGCUGGCCUUGCCUGGCUGUGAUGACUGCCAAGCUGGCUUCUACAACCUCUCAGUGGAUACGGGCAGCUCGCCGCUGUGUGAGGCAUGCCAGUGCUCCACACUGUCAUCCGUUGAUAAUAGCUGUGAUAGCAGCACUGGCCAGUGUAAUUGUAGAGCUGGCUUUAUUGGACGUGACUGUACGCAAUGUGAUCCACUGGCUGCCACACAUGGACCAACGUGCAGUGUGUGUAUUGAUGGCUUCUAUGGAUUCAACGGCUCACACUGUGCUGCAUGCAGCUGUCAUGCAUCUGGUUCAUCGUCAUCCACUUGUGAUAAGUCAAAUGGCCAAUGUACAUGUCAGAAUGGUUACACAGGACGCGAUUGUUCGGUUUGUCAUCCAUCGCUGGGUACUGGUGGUAGCUUGUGCAACAUGUGCCUGGAUGGCUUCCAUUCCUUCAACGGAUCACACUGUGAACCCUGUGGCUGUGAUGGCCGUGGUUCAACGUCCAACACUUGCAAUAGCAACGGAACCUGCUUGUGUAAAGAACACGUCACUGGUGUCAAGUGUGAGCUGUGUAAGCUGAACACACUCGGUCUUAGUGCAGAUAAUCCCAGUGGAUGUGCAGAAGUGCCAGCUCCCAGUAUCGGUUCCUUCCAAAGUACACAGCUGACUGUGUCGUGGUCAGCGCCUCUGUCUGGUACCAUUUCAUCCUACACUGUGUUUCUUGAUCGCCCUAGUGGUGUACCAGUACGAGUGACAAGUGCAACACGGCCCGACUCUGUUCCUUACAGUGGCCUUACGCCGUACACUAACUAUACAUUCUUUGUGAGAGCAUGUACAGCGACUGCCUGUGCACAGAGCAAUUCGACAACAGAAAGAACACGUUCAGGAGCCCCUGCUGGACAGCCUGCACCGGUGACUCUUGUUCGCAAUGGCACGACAACAAUUGGAUGGGGCACGCCCAGUACAACCGGAGGCGGACCCUUGCUCUAUACGCUGCGCGCUGCGGCUGUGGAUUUCUCUGAGCCACCUCAGCGUGUUGUGCCCGGAGCAGCCUUUGAAGGAUUAGGUUUCAUGGAAAUCCAGGCAUCAACAUUUGCUGGAUCUGAGGCAUCAAUAAUGAUAACUUUCCAGACACUGUUGGCAUCUGCUACUCUUUUCUUUGCCACAGACAUCUUUGUUGCUAGCCGGACAGCUGUUCAGAUUGUCAAUGGUCAGGCACAGUUCUUGUUUGAUUUUGGCAGUGGAGCUGCUGCAGUUAUAUCACCCAGUGCAGCAUACAAUGUCAGUGAUGGACAGCCGCAUACCAUUGUUGCAUCCCGUUCUGGUCUUGUUGGCAUGAUUAGUGUUGAUGGGUCAUUCAAUGCUACGGGACAGCUGAAUGGUGUUGCUGGCAGUGUGAUGCCUGUUGCUACUCAAGUGUUUGUCGGUGGAUUGCCAACCCAAGUAUCCAGCUUGCUACCAACUCUGACCCCGUUUAUCACAUCACCUCUAUCAGGUUGUGUUGGUGAGUUGAGCUUGCAAGGUGUACAGGUAAAUCUUGACCAGUCAGCCACCAGAAGAGAGCGGGUUUUACCUACAAUGUAUGGAUGUCCAGCUGUCAUAUCCCAUGCCAUGUAUUUCCUAGGAACAGCGGGUGGGUAUGUCAUGGAUAGUGAAAAUCCUCUCCUGCACUCCGGUGGAACAAACUUUGACAUUCAAUUGUCAUUCCGCACACUUCGCACUGAUGGACUUCUCUUGUACUCUGGUGAAAUUACCAGCGGCAAAGUUGCCGACUUCUUUGCAGUUCAGAUUGUCAAUGAGGAAGUGAGCUUUGUCUUUGACAAUGGUGGUGGUCCUGUCAGUGUAUCGACAUCUCUGAAAGCAGCUUCCAUCAGUGUUUGUGAUGGACAAUGGCAUACUGUCAUAAUCUACAAGAAUGCCCGUGUGGCAAACAUCAGCGUUGACCAAGGCCCGUUCUUCUCCAUUUCAGCACCAGAUGCCAGGCUCAGUACAGAUGUCACUGCGCCUGUGUAUCUUGGCGGUGUACCGGAUAGCUUGCUUGUGCCAAGUCAGAUCUCGUCUCUUCGAUACUACACUGGCUGUUUGCGGUCUGUGCGGAUCAAUUCCGUCCAGUACACACCGGACGUAGCUGUGUUUACACGACUUACUGGCUGCCCAAUGUCGUCACCCACAUCACAGUGCCUGGCAUACAAUGCAAUGUUCUCCACCCGUAGGCCAGCAAUACUGUAUGUUGGUUCGGACAUGCAGCAAACAUUCCCAUUGUCACUGCUUGGUCCUGCAUCUGAGUACUCAAUGCAAGUAUCUGUAUCCACAGAGACUGGGUCAACAAGUAGUUCCUGGAACUUACUCCGUGCAUCUGAUGGAGCACCUGAGAACUUAAUUUCUCCCAGCAUCAGCUACACAUCAGGACUGUCUGCCAUAGUCACAUGGUCUCCACCAGCUGUUGAGAAUGGACUGCUGGCAGGCUAUCGUUUGCUCGUGACUCAAAUGCCAACGUUCGAUAGCAGCAAUGCACUGUUGCUUAUGCCGUCAACUCGCACUAUAACUGUGCCAGGGCAGACCCUCAGCUAUUUGUUGGAUGGACUUCUGGCAUCUCGUGACCAUGCAGUGCAGCUAGAGUCCUUCACUGCAGGUGGCUCGGUUUCCACGGGUUUUGUCAACUUCACUACUGACGAAGCAGCUCCGCUUGGUGUCAUCAGUCCAGUUGCUGUCGCUGAUCGACGUAACAUUUCAUUCACUUGGCAAGAACCUCAAGAUCCCAGUGGACAGCUAACCGCAUAUUCAUUGCUCAUCGAUGGUACUGCAGUGUUCACGUCGCCCAACGCAUCACAGUAUUCAUACACAGUUACAUCUUUAUCACCUGUCACUACGUACAGUGCAGCUUUGCAGGUGUGUAACUCUGCUGGAUGUAGUCUGAGUGAUGCAGUGGACGCCACAACACUAGAAGAUGCACCGGAAGGUCAAGCCGUACCUGCCCUGACUGCCGAAUCAGAAACAACAAUAUCUGCCAUGUGGCCGGAGCCAUCACAACCCAAUGGUGUUAUCACUGCAUAUAACAUUCUUCUCAAUGCAACUCAGAUUGCUUCGAUUCCAGGCAAUGCUACACGUCGGUUUAUCAUCACCGGUCUUCGUCCUGCAACAGUGUAUGCAGUCAGUAUCCGUGCCAAUACCAAAGUCGGUGCUGACCUCUCAUCCAUAUCCACUGUUAGCACGUUGGAACACGUUCCAUCUGGCAUUGAGGCAGCCAUGCUGAAUGUGACAUCGGCACGGUCUAUUCACUUGGAGUGGACGCCACCUUCAAUUCCCAAUGGUGUUAUUGUGCAGUAUGACGUUGAGAGGGAUGGCAUUCGCCAGCUGUUGAACCUCUCUGCUGCUAGUCUGUCUUACACAGACACAGCUCUCCAGCCGCACACAGUCUACUGGUACGCCAUUGUAGCAUGCACACGGCAAGGCUGUAGCACUGGCAAUGCCAGUAAUGCACGUACUGCAGAGGAUCUACCACAGGGUGUCCAACCAGCGAUGCUCACUACACUCAACUCAUCCGCCGUGCAGAUCGCCUGGUCACAGCCAAGCUCGCCGAACGGCAUACUGACGUACUCUGUGUAUCUGCACGGUGCACAGCUCGUGUCUGGUAUGAUUGUAGAACGCUUCCGACCACCUAUCACCAUGGCCGUGUCUCCACUGCUCAUCAACGACCUCUUGCCGUAUCAGCAAUACUACUGCAUAGUAGAAGCGAGCACAUCAGCAGGGUCUGCAAACAGCACAUUGAGUAACAUUGCACAGACGGAGGAGUCCGCCCCGGACGGUGUGCUGCCUCCUGUUGUUGACACUGUCAACUCUACCUACCUGGUCAUCAGCUGGCCAGAGCCUCGGUUUCCCAAUGGCAUUCUUGUCCAAUAUUCACUGUCACUAGUCCGAGCAAACACAGUGGAUGCACCCACUGUAGUGACUGUCCCUGGUACUGACCUGAAUACCACAGUGUCAACCCUGAUGCCCUUCACACUCUAUCAGUUACAGCUAACCGCGUUCACUAGUAGAGGAAGCACAUCCAGUACCACCGUUCUGCAACGAACAGCUGAAGAUGUGCCAUCUGGUGUACCCCGUCCUAGCAUUACCAAUGUGACAUCGUCGAGUUUCAUGACCUCUUGGAGUCCACCUAGCUUACCGAACGGCAUCAUCAUACGCUACUUGAUCGUGACAAUUGGCCCGGAGGGAACGCAGUCAGUGACUGUGGACGCAGCACAGACAGAGGUUACGCUAGCUGAUGGUGCAGGUGUGUCGCUAGAGCCAGCCACAGCUUACGGUGUACACCUGGAGGCAUGCACUGCAGCUGGAUGUGGAAUGUCUCAGCAGCAAUCAGUUCAAAUGGCAGAGGCAGCUCCCGAAGGUGUACAAGCACCUACUGUCACGUUCACCAACUCCUCAUCAAUAGAGUUCACGUGGAAUGUGCCCAGCACCACCAAUGGUAUCAUCACUGGCUAUGCCGUGGAGAUUCGUACAUCUGCGGCGUCCCAGCUGGUCAUAUCGCUGAGCUUUGCCGGAGACCUAUCUCCCUUGCGGGGUAUCCUUAGCACUGGCCUAGUACCAUCCACAAUGUACACACUGCAGCUACUUGCUAGCACUGCUGCAGGCACGGGACAAUCCACAUUGGUUACAGCGCUUACCAGUGAUGGAACUCCAACAGGUGUCAACCCACCUCAGGUGUCAGUAGUCAAUUCCAGUGCAAUCACUAUAUCCUGGCAGAUACCAGUCACACCAAACGGCAAAAUUCACAACUACACCGUUCUCAGGGAUGGAAGCCAGACUGUUGUUGUAGCUACUGCUCCUGGUUUCAUUGUGGAUGUCAGUCUUGAACCAUUCACUGACUACACCUACAAACUGGUGGUCUGUACGGCGUUUGCCUGUGGAAGUAGUGCCGAAUCCCAAGACACAACAGCUGAAGCUGCUCCGAUUGGCCUUGCUGCUCCUGUGGCCAUGGCACUCAAUACAUCGUACAUCACCAUUACUUGGGCACCGCCAAACAUCACCAAUGGCGUCAUCCAAGCAUACCGAUUGCUUCGUUACAAUGCAAAUAACUGCUGCACGGGAUCUGAUCUUUCCAGUUGCCAGCUAGAUAGCAUUCUGGAAGGCUGUGUACGUUCAGAGACCACUGUAGUGUCAUCCACACUCCAGCUCUCAACAGUUGACAGUGAUGGGAACCUGGAGCCUUACACGCUGUAUGCUUACCGACUACUAGCCAGCACUGGUGGAGGAAGCACGUCCAGUUCUUUUGGCAUCACCCAGACACCAGAGGAUGCUCCCGGUGGAGUCACAGCACCCAGUGUGCUGUCUACAUCAGCACGCGCUGUAACAGUGCAAUGGACUGCUCCGUCACAACCUAACGGCAUUGUUGUCAGGUACGAUGUAUGGCGCAAUGGAUCAGCUGUGACCAGCCGUGUCUCUGCUGGUAGUGUGAACGAUACUGGACUGUUACCAGCUACUACAUACCAAUACACUGUUUCCGUGUGCACAUCAGCUGGCUGUAGUGAGGCGUCAACUAUCAUCACCACACUGGAGUCAGCUCCAGAGGGUGUGUUGGCACCAUCCGUCACUGCCACAUCAGCAAUGAAUAUCUCAGUAGCAUGGCUCGCACCAGCACAACCCAAUGGUCUUCUAGUCAGCUAUGAAGUGUACAUCAACGAUGAAUCCAGUCCUCGUGUAACACUGCCUUCGACAACGCAAGCAACUGUACUGUCUAGCCUGCAGGCGUUCACCAGCUAUCGUGUGAGCAUCUCAGCUUGCACCGCAGUGGGCUGCACGGAUAGUAAUCAUGCUAGUGUCACUACGCUAGAAGCAAUACCUGCUGGUAUGCUCUCUCCAGCACUAAUGGUGCUGACUUCACGCUCCAUUGAUGUCAUGUGGCAAUCACCAACAAUGGAGAAUGGCAUCAUUCUGGGUUACACUGUCCACCGCAAUGGUACUACCAUUGCUGCUGUGAAUAGCACAGGCAGGAGUUUCACCGAUACAGGACUCCUGCCUCAUACACUAUACAGCUACACCGUGAGUGUUGGAAACUCAGCCGGCAGCGUAUCUAGCCCUGCUAACGUGGCUACAACUGAUCAAGACUCGCCAGAGGGACUGAUUCCGCCGGUUGUCACAGCACACAACUCAUCAGCGUUCAGUAUCACUGUGUCACCUCCCAGCCAGCCCAAUGGUGUCAUUGUCAAUUACUCUGUGAUCGUUGACAAUACAAGGACAGUAGCACUUGGAGUAACACCGUCCAUAGUUCUUGCGGGCUUCCUGCCGUUCUCUCAGCAUCAAUUCCGUUCCAGAGCAUGCACUCAUAGCGGCUGUGGUAUCAGUGUUGCUGUUUCGUCAAGAACUCUCGAAGCUCUUGCAAGUGGAAUUCUUGCACCAAACAUCUCCGCUCUCAACUCAUCAGCUAUAAUCAUGACAUGGCAACCACCCCAGAAUGCAAACGGCAUUGUGACCCAAUACUCUAUAGUGCGCAUUGCACCGGGACGACAUGUCAAUAGUACAGUGUAUCAGCAGUCAGCAGCCCCACUCAUCUCACCCUUAUUCAUUGACAAUGGCUUGCUGCCAUUUUCAAGUUAUGGAUAUCGUCUGGGUGUUACGAAUGGAGCCGGCACUGCCUUUGGUCCAGCGAUGUAUGAACAAACUGAUGAAGCGGCACCGUUGUCAGCUGGCCUCACAAUGACGGCUGUGCCUGAUAAGACAUCCGUAUUCUUACAGUGGACUCCACCAACAACACCCAACGGCAUUCUGACUUACUACCGGAUAGAUCAACGUUCUCAAACCAGUGGUAAUAUGAGUGGUGUAGGCGCCGUACCAGCAUCACAGCAGACUAACUUCACCGUGAUGGGUCUGCGGCCAUACACCGACUAUGAAUUCCGAGUCACUGCAGUUAAUGAUGCUGGUGAGGCUUCCAGUCCAUGGCAAACUAUUCAAACCCUGCAGGAUAUCCCCCAGGGUGUCAGACCACUGCAAGUUGCUGGUAAAGCUGUUGAUGGUCAGUCUGUGAACCUGACCUGGGAUGAGCCACAAUUCCCGAACGGUAUGAUUACAGACUACAUGGUGCAUGAUGGCAGUGGAAUUCUUGAGUACCAAGGAACUACGCGCUUCUUCAUUCUGAGACGCUUGACGGCGUUCACGAGCUACUCGCUAAUUCUCAGUGCCUGCACCAGUGUGGGAUGUGCUACCAGUGCUUUACAGAUGGUACAGACUGCUGAGAUUGCCCCGGUAUUGCAGGCACCACCCACGGUACAGGCAUUGAGCUCAUCAACCAUGCAACUACAGUGGUCACCACCAGCCCAAGCCAACGGUAUUAUCAUCAGCUAUUCUGUCAGUCGUAAGCUGAGCUCAGCGACAGACUCCAGUGCGGUGCAAGUACUCUCAGUUGAUGCUCAGAACGUCACAGUUCUGCAGUACACUGACACAGGACUGGAAGCGUACACUGCGUAUAGCUAUCAGGUAACGUCUGCAAACAGUGCCGAUCAGGUAUCCAGUGUAUUCAGUAGCCCAGUCACUACGUCACCAGCAAACCCACAAGGUGUACCUGCACCUACUGUAACAACCAUUGACUCCUUCUCUAUUGAUCUAUCAUGGACAUCGCCCACUAAACCGAAUGGAAUCAUAUCCGGCUAUAAUGUAAACCGGGACGGAUUCCCCAUCACCACUCAUAUGCUCUCUGCAAGCACGUUCAACUAUGUGGACAGCAUCAGUCUCAAGCCAUUCACCACACAUACGUACAACAUUGAAGCCUGUACUGUGGGAGCAAGUUGCACUGCCGGUCCGUCUGCAAACGGCACAACAGCACAGUCACAACCCGACUCGGUUAGUCUACCUAGCCUCUCUGCGUUGAGUUCAUCCUCCAUUCGCGUCAGCUGGGUGCCUCCUCUUGUACCGAAUGGAAUCAUCUCGAGUUAUGGUGUUUACUAUGGCGAAUGCUCCAAGGUGCUUGAUAGCAGUAUGAUGGUGAGUGGUGAUCAGCAACAGGUCACUUUGACUGCUUUGUCACCUUACACAUGCUACAGUGUCCUCCUCGAGGCAUGUACUGUAGCUGGAUGCAGGAACAGCACAUCAGUGGAGUCAGAGACUACCCUGGAGGCUGCACCACAGGGCCUUACAGCUGCCAGAGCCAUUGUACUCGGUCAAGAUCGCAUUUUGCUGACGAUCAAUAGCCCAAGUCAGCCGAAUGGCAUGCUGGUCUCCUAUGAGGUAGUACGUAAUGGAACAUCCAUCACGUUCAACAAUGACACAAGCAACGGGGCACUGCUACCAGCUUCCUACACUGACUCAUCCCUAUCCUCUGGUACUGCGUAUGCCUACACUAUUGUUUUAUCUACUAAUGGUGGUUGUAGCAAUAGUCCAGUGGUUGUUGUGCAGACAUUCCCACCAGUUCCAGAAGGUCUUGAUGCACCCAGAAUUAGUGUUGUGUCCAGCACAGCAUUGCGUAUAACAUGGUCACAGCCUAACAACACAUAUGCCCCCAUCAAUCGCUAUUCUGUAUUUGUCAAUGACACGGAAAGACAUAUGAACGAUGGAUCAUCACUGACUACUCUUCUGUCAGGUCUCGCGGCGUUUAGUCUGUAUGCAGUGCACAUCAGUGCCUGCACGGCAUUUGGUUGUGUUAGCAGUGAUGCUAGCCUGGCAUACACCCUUGAAGCUACUCCGACUGGCUUGGCUGCUCCGACGCUAACUGGAGUGACAUCUCGCAUACUUGCUGUUCAAUGGACCAAUCCUUCUCAGCCCAAUGGCAUUAUCAUUGGUUUCUAUGUUGAACGUCGUCAACUGGACAGACUGAACCUUAUACCUGGUAUGUCUACAGUCAUAGCCACCACUCAGCGUAAUGACACAAGCUAUGCCGACUCCAAUGCAAUGCCAUUCUCAACGUACGAGUAUCGUGUCACUGCGUACAACACCGCCGGCAAUGUGACAAGUUCUUGGCAGCGAUUCACCACUGCCGAAGAUCUGCCGGAAUCUGUAACCAUUCCUGUGCUGCGGGAAGUAGAGGCAGACCGGGCCUUGUUGUUCCUGCCACAGCCAGAGCAGAGUAAUGGAAUAAUCACGCAGUACGAUGUGAUUGUAAAUGGCGUGCCAGAGUCAACCAACUACUCCUCGACUACAUCACUGUAUGAACUAAGAGAUCUGACUCCUGGAGUCUUCUAUACGAUCAAGUCUAGUGUUUGCACCAGUGUCGGCUGCACCACUAGUCAGGCUAGUCUAAAUGUGACUACACCGGAGAUAGCUCCUGGUGACUUGGAUGCACCCAGUGUGGAGAAUAUCUCCAGCACAUCAUUCUCAGCUAUCUGGGCACCACCUGCUAUGCCGAAUGGCAACAUACUGAGGUACACACUCCAUGUGAUAAGAGCCUGCCCGCAACCAGGAUCUCUGCCUGACAGUCCAUGUGAAGUUGGAGAUGAGUCCACGACUGUUCUAACUGCCGAGAUCAACUACUACCAAUUCGUAUCACUGGCUAGAUUCACCCGCUAUCUUGUUCGUAUAUCCGCCACGAACAGCAUGGGUACCGUGUUCAGCAAUUACACCGAUGCACUGACAGCAGAGAGUGCUCCGGAGCUUAGGGCACCAGGCAAUAUCUCGUAUACAACUGUUGAAGACUCCAUCAUGCUACAGUGGACAAACUCUUUCAUUUACAAUAGCGAUCGUUUCCAACAGUACACGGUAAUCGAGAAUGGAGAGGUUGUUACUGAUGGUGUUAUUGUAAAUAACCGCACAACAACUCUGACGUUGGUCGGAAAGAUGGCUGGUGUUGUGUAUUUGUACACGGUAAGCUUGAGAACGGCAGUUGGAACAGUCACCACCAGACCAAUCAAUGCAUCACUGCCUGGGGAACCCGUCAUUGAGGAAGUCAAAGGCAAUGAGUUCUACAAGGAGGCACCGUUCAUUGUUGGCAUGGUCAUAGCCGGACUGUUUCUACUCAUGAUCUUAGUGUGUAUUGCACAUCGACCAUCAUCAGCGUCAUCAUCAUCACAGAAGCCAUCGGCACACACUGCACUCACCGAUGGGCCAACAAGCUACUCGCCAAAUAGAGAGCGUCCAUCAACGCCGAAUCGCCGAAGACGUAACAAGAAGACGGAUGAUCAUCAGGACUUCUGGGCAUCCAACACAGUUGCGCUUCAACCACCGCCAAAUCAGGAUCCAGCAACAGUGAGAUUAGUCAGCAAGCAACCAGUGCAUGCUAGUGAUCAAGAAUGGGACGGAGGCUUCACAAACUUAGCGUCCUCCACCUCUAAUCUCAUGCGAGCACCAUCAAAAGGAUCUGUGCACGAUGGAUCUCUUUCUGGAGCACAGGACGGUAUGGGAGGUUCAUCAAAUGACCUGUUGCGGAGAGCAAAUACAUACCGUGAAUAUGAAGGCUCCACACUCAAAGACACUCAUCUUUAGAGGAGCAUCUAUGUGUAUGCAUGUACAUGUAUUAUAAACUGGUGGGUUCAAACCCGUUGAGAGUGUAAUGAGACUGAGCCUACUAGCGACAAUGUCGCAGAUCACCUCUUGUUGUCAGUUGUUGAUUGAUAUUUCAGAUGUUCUUUUGCCAUCAGAUAUGUGAUCUAUACUUUUACAACUAUCUCUACUAUCGGCAUUGCAGAAAAAGGGAUGCGUGCAUGCAGGUGUGUGCACAUGCGGAUAUCUGAGUGCUUUGCAAAGCACAGUUCAUUCCUGUACCUCUGCUAGUCUGCCACUUCGAACUGUUCGGCAAAGAGAGUACCGCUGCUAGAUCACUGUGAUCUCCUACUGCGAAAUUAGAAACUGUACAUUUUAGUUUUCAAUCAAAGUUCUAGCUUCAAUCAUCACCUGGGUGGCAUAGCUCGGAAUGGCCACCGCCAUGGCCAUUUGCCACAAUUCAGCCUAGCCGCAUUGCCCAGGAUACUGCUGAUCAUGCUCCUCCACCGAGUGCUGAGUAGUAACUUCUCAACUUGCCACUUUUCUGGACGCCUUGUAUAGCCUUGAUGAACACAUAUCCAGUACAGUACCUGUUUCCAAAUGAGUACUAAUAUGUCACUGUAUGCUAGCUUUGCCUUUGAUUGCAAAUACACUGUGUACAUAAUACACGUGUAACUGCAGAUAUUAUUUUAGCCAAAUAGACUUUUCUUGAUUUCGAUACUUUGACAGUCAUCGGCUGUGCCAUUGCAAGAUGAUGAGUGUAUCAGUGGAUGUGUACAUGCUGGCAUGCAGUGGGCAUUUGCUAGUGUGUAUGUGUGUCGUGUCCGCUAUAUCGGGGCUGUACAAGAACAUCUCUGUAUGUAUACCAUGGUA